ACAAGAAUCUCGAAUUCGAAACUUGUGUAGUAGAUUGAUGGUGUCCAAACCCGACCAAGUAGUUCUUGCUCCUUUUAAUCCCGAGGGUCAUUGGGCACUGCUUGCUAUAAAUGCGUAUGAGGAUACAGUGUUUUACCUUGACUCGCUAAGGACGACAUCAAAAGCAACUACAAGAUAUGUAACCGACACAGCAAUAGCAAUAUUUCACUCACAAAAGAACAUUAAUAAAAGCAGGAAACAAACUUUAUGGCGAACAGUAAAGUGUCCACUACAAGUCGGGAGCACUACGUGUGGAUACUAUGUCAUGAAGUAUAUGAGAGAAAUUGUAAAUAGGGGAAGCAUUGUCAUCUCGGAUUCGGUAUGUUAUAUAUCAAACUAUUUCUUUUGUACGUAUAAUAAUUUUCAUGAAUACUAAUUCAUUUAUU